AUCCCUCCGCCUUGUUGUUCGUAGUAAGUUCAAAGGGCCCAUUCACUACCCUCCCUCACGCCUUCUCCGCCUCGACGCACACACACACUCUCUCAACAACCAUCCAUCCAUCCAUCACCCUUCACCACUACUGCUGCCACCAUCAACCCACUUCAUCUCUUUCCACCUCCCCCAGGCACACGAUUUUUUCCUCCCUUCCAUCCUUUCCAUCCCCAUCAAUCGCUUCCACUGUCUGGUGACAACGACCUUGCCUGUCUCUGUCCUUCUGUCCUUGACACCUCCCCCACAAGCCUCAGACAAUCACCUGACUCUUCUAGCCACUUGCUCUGGGCGCGGGCCGAUCGUUUGUCGUCAGGCCAGAUCCCGAACUAUUCGCCGACGACGACCAGCUUUGUCGGCCACGCCACCAGAUCCCUCCCCAAGUCAUUCACCAGCGUUCGCAAAACACUCGAACCCCUCUCUGCAACGUCCUGCUCUCUUCCGGCUUGUCCCAGUAGGUCCCACAGCCCCCCCCCAGACGGAGAGUUGGUCCCGAGGCGCGGCCGCGCCCCUACUCAGCCAUCUCCAUACCCCGACAUGUUAAGUCAGACUGUCCGCCUCCCCAUGCCUCUUCUCUAGCCACAAGUGUCAACCCGCGUCGAACCUGGCGUUGCCACCCUCACCCAUCAUGAGUAACACACCCAACAAAUCGGGUUUGACGACUCGCGCGCCUAUGCCGGCGUUCGGGACCUUUGGCGCACAUCAAGCAUCCGCGUCGCUGCUCCUUCAAAAAUCCAACCCAGGCCUGGGCAGGUCGACUCCCGAUUCCGAGGCUCUGGCUUCUUCAGACGACGAGCCUGACCACGCAAAGUCCGGCGCUGGCAGCAACGUCAAGCACAACCGAAACGUGCGAAGAACCUCAUGGCUCAACGACGUCUCGUUGGCCAAUGCAAAUCGCAAACCUUCCAUCACCGGUCCCUACAGCCCUUCCACCUCCCACCCAGGAACCCCUGGAGCAGAGCCCACGCCCUGGGGAAAUCCCAACGCUGCUGGUCCGGGAGCAUGGCCCAACCCCACGACGUCGUAUCCGUGGCCCACCAUUUGGAGCCAGGAUGGUCGUAAAGAUCCGCCGGCCCGACUGCAGGAGGUGUUGCCCACAAACGGUGAAGGCGGCAUCCCGUUCUCGAUUCCUCUACAGCCGACUCCCAAAACCUAUCGCUCACAGUCAUAUUCUGUGGGCCAACUCGACACGACCACUGCGCCACCGGCUAAUCCUAUAUCCACCUCAAUUGAAGCGACGCGCAGCAGGCUCGGAAGUCAAUAUCCUUUGCAAAGACGGACGUCGCGGACCAGUGGGCUGGGCGUGCUUGAUCCCGGUGGUCUAGGCCGUCUGCGAGAGGUAGACGACGAUGAGGAAGACCAGCGCGAUAAUGCCACGCCCGAAGCCAUUAGUGUUGAACAGGCGCGGAUGAUCGAGAGGCUGGAAAAGGAGAAUGCUCAACUUCGUCACGCUGCUCAAAAUCGUGACCGUGGUUUCCCACCAAAUGCCACAGCGGCCCCAGUUCAACCUCCUGGGUUUCGAAACACGCGGCUCCGAAGCGCUGUGCCAGAGGAGGCCGAGACUGCAAUUGAUGAUAGAGAAGACCUCGCCGGAUUCCCUGGUCGUGAGAAUAAUGCCCGUCGGAUGAGUGAACAACCACUCGGAUACACCGAAAGACAGUCGCUCUCCCCCAGCGAGAAUCGUACUUUUGACGGAAUCAAGAAGGCACAUUGGCAGACUUCCCUUGGAUUCGGUCCCAUCCCCGAAGCUCCCCAGAGCCGCCGACACUCGUUCGCUGACGUGCCAACUCGCCAUGGAUCCUUCAGCUCGAAUGGUCGCGACGACGAUGCGACGGCGUAUGAAAGCGGAUCCCAAGCGUUAUCCCAAGGAGAUGAUCCUGCGUAUUUCAACACCACCGAGUCCACCCGACGUGCUGCGGACGCCCGAGUCCAUCAGCAUCACCGCGAUCCGCAACUUUACGGACAACAUCUCGGUGUUGGACCGUACCUCGAACCGGCGGCGCAACCGCUCUUCAUCGUCAACUUCAAAUGUUGUCGCUCGGAUGUCUUCUACAUCCAAGAGGGGACCGGCCUCCACGUCAACGUCGGUGACCUAGUCAUUGUUGAGGCAGAUCGUGGCACCGAUCUGGGCACGGUUCAACAUACAAAUGUGACGUGGGAAGACGCUCGUCGUUACAAAGAAUAUUACGCCGAGGAACAUUAUAAGUGGUUGAUGAUGUUCUCCUUGCAGAGUCGAAACGGCGGGCCCAACGUCGUCAACCCCAAUGGUAUUCCCGGUAGACAUGGCAGCGCGGUUGGAGGCAUGGGCCCUCAAGGCCAUCACGGUCCUCACGACUCCUCUGGCCCUGAUCUCAAGCCAAAGAUGAUCAAGCGACUAGCGCAAAAUCACGAGAUCCAAGCCCUGAAGGACAAAGAAGGUAAUGAGGCCAAAGCCAAACGGGUCUGUCAACAAAAGGUUCUGGAGCACCGACUGAACAUGGAAAUUCUUGACGCAGAGUUCCAGAUGGACAGCAAGAAGCUCACGUUCUACUACUUUGCCGACAAUUACAUCAACUUCAAUCAUCUGGUCACCGACCUCUUCAAGAUCUACAAGACCCGGAUCUGGAUGUCGGCCAUCAACCCUGCGUCUUUCCAGACUCCGACCGCGUCCCUUGGUAUCCAGCCUGUCUAUAGCACAGCGCCCGGCGAUGAGCGCCAUCGUCGACGGCAGCAGCAAGCACAGCAGCCGUCCGCUCUCAGUCACCAGGCCGUCACCACGCCAUUCGGAGAUACCUUCGACGCGGAUCGGAACUUCAACAACCACCAGAGUCAGGGUAUGCGGAACGCUUUCUAUAAUCAGUUCCAGGACGUUGGGCCAGGAGCUCAACAACUGCAACCGGGAGUAUCGCCGUACGCUCAAAACAUGCAAGGUCAAAUGGACCCCUUCAUGUCCUUCUACGGUCAACCGUUCCCUGCCCUCAAUCCUAACGCGCCUAAUUUCGCCAGCAGCCGGCCCGACUUUAGAGGAAGAGCACCAAAUCCACCAGGUGAUGUCAACUGGAUGGGACGAUUCCAAGGGCUCUCACUCGGUUCCUGAGUCCGGAAAUGUUACCUAAUGCAUGGGCAUCGCACGACGACACUUGUCUCGCGACUUAUUUCGGACGAAUUCUUGCAUAUGAUGACCGGAUGACCAAAACGUAGAAAGUGGUGUUCAGCAAGACGAGGUUCAAGGAAUUUCAUGGAAGGCAACUAGACCUGCGCUUUGGGAAGCAGGAGGAAAUGGUUGAAAGAUAAGACCGGCUGAUGAACGGACUUUGUGCUGGACGAGCAUUAUACACGAUUUUGUUGGAUCGUGAUUCAAGAUUUUUCUUUGACAUCAAAAAUCGUUGGUUAGGCUGGAUUGGACAAAAGACCUUUCAAAAUCAGAUUGUUUAUGGUUUGCUGGAUACAGAAAGAUGAGAUAAUAUCGAGCUGAGGAGAGUACAAAAGCUUACAUGGGGCUGGUUGCUUGUGAGGUUGAAUGUCGCGAUUGAGCUGAAUGCAAAGUGAGCUGGAUGUUGAACAUUGGAGGGUACAUGUCCACAUUGCUGGCUGGCUUGUGUAUACCAACACCAGAGUGCUUUGGAGAUGAAUGACAAUAUGAUGGAGCUUAUCAUCAUUGCUCAAUGAAUGCAUGGAAGAGCC